CCUGAUCAUGACCCGUUCCCAACAUGUUAGAUAUCUGGCUGAUGCUGUCGCGCUCCACGGUUAAUCACUAAACGAUUCAAGCUUUGAACUGUCCUUGCAAAAAAUAUAGUUUUAUAUAUCUCCAUGCCUAGAAAUUCUUCUUCAAAGUACCCAUAUGAUCACCGAGGAACAGGAUCUUACAUCUUCGAAUUUGGCGAUGAUCAACGACGUAUGCAUUGUAACGACUUUGUAUUUGAUAUGAACGCAGCCAUGCAAGAGUUGGACUACUACAGUGAAAGGCAAGAGUUGCGGAAGCGAUCGAAUGGCAAAUACUUAGAAAAUGAUUAUGCACCAAGUGAUCGCAUGGAGAUUCGAUGCCAGGAUUUACCAACAAGGUUCAGAAAACAGAGUACACUUGAUUUCCUGCAACCCUGUGUAGCCAGAAACGUUGUUCCCGGCAGAAGGCACCACAUAGCUGCUCUGUUGCCGUUGCAACAGUAUAUGAUCCCUCUUGUUCUCUAUGAGUUUAAUUUUCUGGUGAUGGGGCCAGAUGGGGCUGGAAAAACCAGUGGUUAUCUCUUACCACUAGUCAAUAAACUUGUGGAGUUCAAAGAAGUCGAGUUACGAGGACGUCGAGGUCCACUAGCUUUGAUUAUCACACAUACUGAAGACAAAUUAAGGCAUGUCAAGGAUCUCUGUGGUGCCUUUUGCAUAAGAACUCCUCUAAUCAGAUUCUUCAUUGGCGAGGAAGAGCUUGAUGCUAUAGGGGGCUUGUCUUCUACCACAGUUUUUGACAUGGUCGGUGCGUCUGCAUCCACAAUGGUCAACGCUUUGAAGAAAUACCAGAUUCCGUUGAAGCAUCUGAAGUUUGUAGUGCUUGAAGAAUUCCAUCUUUGCUAUAAAGAUUCUGAUUACAUGAGAAAUCUUAUUGCUCUCAAAAAUCUGCUCACAAAGAAUGAAGUCCUGCCAACUUUCAUGUAUAUUUCCACUUUGGUGUCAACACAACAGAUGUUUGACAAAAGUUUCAUGAAGGAAAUGUCUUGCUGCAAGGUUGCAAAGAUUGUUGCUCCGCCGGGGAUUGACGAUGUCAGAGUGGCAGUGUUACCGUGCAGAUCAGCAUGGUGUCAUUUUGACUGGACAUUGAAGUUGUUAGCAGGUGAGGGUGUCUUUCCGAAAAAAACCGUUGUAUUGGCAAAUGAUCCAUGGACGGUACACAGCAUAGCACUGCGUCUUUCAUUAGAAGAUGUUCAAGCCACUUAUGUCACUCAUAGCGAUAGUUUGCUGGAGGUUGAGGAAGCAGUUCGAUUAUGGCGUACAGAAGAAUUUCGAGUAAUUGUUGCUGAUUACAAAUCACUAAGUGAAAUGGACUAUGGAUUUGUGGAGAUGUGUGUCUUAUUCGAACUACCAGAAGACGACUUUUCCUUAUACUGCCGGCGGCUGACUGAGCUGUCCGCCAAACUGAACCACAGACGUCGCAUAUAUAUCAUGGUCAACACAGAACUGGACCUGAAAAGAGUUGCUUCUGUUAUAAAUUUUCUGGACGACUUGGACCAGGCCUAUCCCGACUUCCUGCAAGCUAUGCAGGAGAAAUAUGUUGCAAAUCUGCGCGGGACCAGUUUCAGAAAAUUCACACGCAUUUGCGCGAUUACCAGUCGAUUUGUAUUGGAGGAAAUAGUUGAGAGGAUACAAAAACAUUUUCUUGCCAGAAGAGAUUUUGCGAGAGUAAUUCUCCUUCACUCGGAAAUGGCCCGUCGACUGUCUUCAAAUUUUGGCGAUGCUCAAGAUAAUAACAAACAGGAGGAGGAUUUUGAACGUUUUCUUCAGGAUCAGAAAGAUAAUAUCACCGUCUCUCCAAACGACAAAUACGAUCAGCUACCACUAAAUCAGCUGGAAGAAACUCUACAAAAGAAUCUUCGAAAAAUGGGCUAUCAGCAACUACUUCCUUUGCAAGCGUAUUCUGCCAAGAUUCUGUUGUCAGGUCAUCAUCUGUUGGUGCGUGCACCAACUGGAAGUGGGAAAACUGCUGCGUUUCUAAUACCAGCUAUUCAAUAUGUUAUUGAGUACCAUCUCCAUGUAAGGAGGACUGAUUACCCGCUGGUCCUUAUCCUUGGAAACACGAGUAACUUGAUGGAACAAACCUACAAAUUUGCUUGCCAGAUGGCUGGAUAUGAGCCAGAGAACAGAGGUGAGAGGAAAUUUGCUCGGACAAAUGUGCGCAUAGCAGGCUUAUAUGCUGGAGGAUCAGCUCUGAAAUUAUUGAAAUUUGCAAAAUCGAAACUGGAGCAGGAAAUAGUUGUUGCGACUUGUGGCGGUGUACUUCGAGCAAUCGACUUGCACAUGAUAGAUCUCUCAAAUUUGAAGUUAUUGAUAAUCGAUGAGGCAGAUAAAAUGGUUGACAUCUCUCGUGGUUUUGGUCUAGAUGUGCAUACAAUUCUUUCAAAGAUUCCCGAAGACGUUAAGGAGAAGCUUGUGGUUGCGGAGUUCUCAGCCACAUUCUAUUCGGAAGACAAUGCUGUUCAGCUUUCUGAUCUCGAGAAGGAACUUUUUCGCGGUGAAUUACCUGCAUUUAUUGAUGUACCAGCUCCGAAAGGCUAUAUCACACAAAGAGUAAUCGAGAAAGGAGAGCGUGUGGAAGGUUUCUGGAGGCCGAAUUUUGACAAGGAUCUCAGUUUGCUAAUGGGUUUGAUUGAAGGGGAUCUAAGAUUGCAUAAUAUGGAUAGAGGAGGUCCCUUUAAAAAGUCGACAGUGAUAUUUGUGGAACGAAAGAUCACGUCGAAUUAUCUGGCUCUGUUCUUUCAGCUCAAUGGGUAUCGUAUGGAACCGCUGAACUCGGACUUCACUCCAAAGCAGAAUCGAGAAGUACUGAGAAGCAUGGAACAGAAUGAGAUCCAGGGAGUAGUAGCCACCAACAAGCUGUCCCGAGGGCAGGACAUCCCAGAAGUUGACCAUGUGAUCGUCUACGAAAUGUCGCAGAACUUUGAUGAUUAUAAGCACAGGAUUGGUCGGACAGGCAGAAUGGGAAGAGGUGGAAGAGCUACAGUGCUUUUCAGUGUGGAACUGGAUUACGUACACAUUAUCAACCUAUUUGAGUUCAUGUGCGAGCACGAUCAAAUCAUACCGCAGUGGUUAUACACCGAGUAUAUGAGGUGCAAACAGAAUAUGAGGACAUCACUGUCAAUGUCGGAUAGCUUUGUAUCAGCGGACUCAAACAUAUCAGAAGCGGAAGAGAGCGACGACGAAGUGCAAGCUGAAAACAUAGUAAAAGCGCCGAAUGCUGUUGAGUGAUUGAAUUUAAGCAUGACCGAGGGCAUUGAUCGCUUGUUUUUAUAUAAAAUGGGAAUUUGGAUGGAACAUUAUGUCUUGCAUUGCGAGUUGCUUCUGUUUGUCUACCUCUGCAUCUAUUUAAGUGUUAUCCCAUGCUAUGAUUAUCUGACUAAUGUGAGAGGAUUUUGUCUUUCGAUUCGUUCGCCUCAUGUAAGCCAAAUUGUACAUAUCGCGAUGAUAACGAUAAACACGAAGGCGAC